CCCCGUCGGAAGGAACGGGCUCUAUGAGGUCAGCGCGCCCCGAGCCGGUCACAAUGCGACGCUUCUACUGGACGGUCGCACCCGGGCGCCCCGCAGACACCUGCCCGGCUCCGCCUGGACCGGAGCGUCCUCGCGCGGCCAGGGCUCAGGCAGCUGCUUCCAGCCUGGGACCGGCUACGGCCUCCGUCAGAGCGCCCCGGGGCCUGGACAUGAGUGCCCAGGAAGCCCCUCAAGGUCGGAGAUUCCCCAUUGAAGCCGGAGACUCCCCUGGCCUUGCCGCCGCCGCCGCCCCAGAAUCCCAGGACAGCCCGGAGCCGGUGGCUACGGAGCACAACCCGGUCAGGCCGCUUCGACGCUGCCCCGGCUGCCACUGCCUGACGUUGCCGUACGUGCCCAUCGACGUCUACCUGGCUAUGGGCGGGAGCCCCCGGGCCCGCGCCACCUGACUGCCUGCAAAGGGAACGAGGCCACGCGGGCCACCACGCUGAGGUCGCGCGCACCGAGCACGAGACGAAUGAUGCACAUUUUAAAAUAAAGGAAUGAUGCACAUUUUAAUAAAGCACAGCAUAAACUGUUCUUUCCA